CCCGGGCCGGAGCCGCAGGGUUCGGGCGGCGGGCUCGGAGGGUUCUCGUUCCCGGGCGGCUCGCUGCCGCUGGGGCUCGGCUUCCUGUGCAGCCUGGCGGCGCAGCAGCCCGCGGGCGCGCCCUGCUUCCUGCCGGGUCACCUGCCGCUGCUGCAGGCCCGAACCGACGGCCACUACCUGCAGAACCUGGAGGCCCAGAGGGACGCAUACUCCGAUGAAGAGUGUCUGUCGGACCGAAACGAGUCCAAAAGUUCCGGGAAUUCCCAGAAGAGGAAGAAGAGGAGACACAGGACCGUUUUCACCUCCCACCAGCUGGAGGAGCUGGAGAAGGCCUUUCAGGAGGCGCACUACCCAGACGUGUACGCCAGAGAGAUGCUGGCCAUGAAGACGGAGCUGCCCGAGGACCGAAUCCAGGUCUGGUUCCAGAACCGGCGGGCAAAGUGGCGAAAGCGCGAGAAGUGCUGGGGCCGCAGCAGCGUCAUGGCCGAGUACGGUCUGUACGGCGCCAUGGUGCGACACUCCAUCCCGCUCCCCGAGUCCAUCCUCAACUCGGCCAAGAACGGCAUGAUGGGAUCCUGCGCCCCCUGGCUGCUCGGUGAGCCGCAUGCACGGAUGCACAAGAAGUCUCUAGAAAUGGCCAAGAAGUGUCCCAGCCCGCCGGCCUUGGACGCCACGCGACCCGAGUCGUUCUGCGACGCCUCAGAGCGACACAGCAAGGCCCGGGACGUGGAGGAGGAGCUGCUGGAGGAGGAGGACACGGAGGAAGAGGAGGUGGCCAUCGACCUGUCCAGCUCCUCCAAACAGCAGCAGAAUGAGGGCGGAGCCACGAGGGCUUCCUCAUCACCUCAACAGCAGAGUGGCAGCGAAUCCGAUGACCACAGCUGAAGUUGCGAGGAAGCUGAGAUGCUGCAGGACUUCCUCUGCAGGAGGACACGGAUUUGAUUGGCUCUUCUUCCAGGAAGAUAAGCCAAUCAACAAAAAGACAUCACUCGUUGCUAUGCAAACUUCUGACCAGAGAACUGUUCGUGUAAAGCAGGGGUCCCCAAACUUUGUCUGCUUUUUAACUGUUUUCUUCUCCGAUGGGGGGCCGGGGUCAGUUUGUAGGCUAACACAAAAAGUGUAACAAGCUAAGAGCACUGAAGCUGAUAGCUGAAAACGCUAGCUAAAAUAUUAGGAAAGUGCCAGCUUAGCCAAAAAAUUCUAAAUUAGCCAAAACAGCUAACAUAUAGC